AUGGUCGACGUGCAGGAGAAGCCCGAGGGCGGCUCGCCCGUUCAGAGAAGGGCCCGCGCCAUCCUCCCUCCCGCUCCCGUAGCGACGAUGACCACUAACAGCCCGUCCGGGCCGUCGCCACACGCCACGCCCAGGGCUUCAUCCGUCUAUGAGGGCUUCCGGCAUAGAUUCAAGAGCUAUCGCCUACGCGGUGAGUACGAGAAGCCGUGGCUGGCAGACCCGGCCAUGAAGAAGACGCGCUGGAACAACUACAUCGUCUGGGCGUGGAUGGCGCUGGGGGUCAUCGGCGCAGGGGCCAUAUGCUUCUUUCUGGUCUGGCCGUACCGGAACCUGGACUACUGUCUCGUAUACGAAGACCACUUUGACAGGCUCGAUACGGACGUCUGGACGCACGAGGUGCAGCUCGACGGCUUCGGCACAGGCGCCUUCGACUGGACGACGACGGACCCUAAAAACUCGUACAUUGAUGCCUCGGGCCUGCACAUUGUGCCCACGCUGACCAACGAGACAACGAGCAUCACAAAUGACCAGCUCUACGCAAACUACACGCUGGAUCUGCUCCAUGACGGCACCUGCACGAGCCGGCAGAACUCAUCGUGCUUUGUGCGGUCCAACCCCGAGAAGGGAGCCAUGAUCCCGCCCGUGCGCUCCGCGCGCCUGUCUACCAAGGGCAAGAAGAGCAUCCGCUACGGAAAGGUUGAGGUCGUCGCCAAGUUGCCCAAGGGGGACUGGAUGUGGCCUUCCAUCUGGAUGAUGCCCGAGGACUCGGUAUACGGCGAGUGGCCUCGCAGCGGCGAAAUAGACAUUAUGGAGGCCCGUGGCAACAGGCGAGACUAUCCUGAAGGCGGCCGCAACUACUAUUACGGCACACUGCAUUGGGGCCCCACCUCCGAGACGAACUCGUACUGGAGGACCACCAACGCGAAGCGCAUCCGGCGCGGCGACUACUCGUCGUCGUUGCACACGUUCGGCGUGCAGUGGACGCCCAAGUACAUCUAUUUUUAUAUCGACUCGCGCAUUCACCAGAUCCUGUUCAUCGGUUUCGAGCGCGACCGCCCGCUCUACGACGUGGGGCGCUUCGCCAGCAUGGCCGAGAAUCAGACCCUGCUCGCCAACCCUUGGGCGCGCAGCAACUCGACCACGGGCAACGCCCCCUUUGACCAGCGCUUCUACCUCAUCCUCAGCGUCGCUGUCGGAUCCCGCAAUGGUUGGUUCUUGGACAACGUCGGCGGCAAGCCCUGGAUCGACAAGGCCAAGAACGCACAGUGGACGUUCUGGGACGCCGCGACCGACUGGCUUCCCACGUGGGGCGCGGGCGACGAGCGCGGCAUGACGGUCCGCUCCGUGCGCAUGUGGCAGCAGGGCGCCUGCGGCCACGCCGCGGAGCUAUAG